AUGCCGCGAUGUUUGAUGGCAAAAAAGUGGAAGGCCUAUCCGUGGCCGGAUCGCGCCGAGGAACAACCAACCGGCGGUGAAUCGAGUGCGCCUUCGGUGCAAGACGUGGACACAUCCUCCUCGACCGUUUCACCCAGCAGCAGUUCCACAAACCUCUCCACAUCGCCCGCGAGCAGUAGCGGGAACAGCGGCAGCAGUAGUAAUAGUAGCAGUUCACCUCAACCGGUUGCGCCUGAAUGUAGUCAACCGCAAGCACCGCAGGCGAGCGGUUCCGAGCUCGUCGAGGAGGACGAAGAAAUCGACGUCGUGGGCGACUCUCCGGCGGCGGCGACGGCAACGGCGGCCAGCAGCAAAUCCACCGGCACCGUGGCCACCUGUUGGGGUCCAUCGUCACCGACGGCCGGUGCCACCGCUCCCAGUCCACCACCGCAUUCGCCGGAAGCGGCGACGCGCGAGUCAACCAUCCUCUACAACGGAUAUGGACGCGAUAUUACGCAUCACUUUACCGCCUACCUGCCGAAGCUGGAUCCGGACGCGUCCAGCUAUCAACAGCAGCAGCAGCAACAACAACAGCCAACAUCGCAGCAGCAGCAGCAGUAUAUUGCACUUGCACCUCUUUGCGCAACGCAGACCACCUCAUCGCCGGCGAGUUCCGGCGGAAGCUCCGGAGCGGCGGAAAGUUCCAGUCCGAGUGGGCAGCAAGAUGUCGUACAGCAUCGGUCGCCGACGCACGGUCCUGGAGGCAGCCAGAAGAAGUCCCUUGCGAUGUGUUUCACCAGCACCGGCACCGCUCUGUCGCUGCCGCCGAAGAAGAAGGACAUCUACCGACCGUACUCGCUGGACGAUAGGCCUCCGAGGCCGAACUACGAGCUGAGGAUACCGGCCGAGGAGGACCUGCAUGCGGCGCACGCCAUCUUGGAUCUGAGCGCGUCGACCGCCUUCCUUCCACCGCCGGCACCACACCAGCUUCUUCAGCAGCAACCUCCCGCGCAUCAACAUCCCCAGUCUCCUCCAACAACCCCGACCGUCAUCCUAGUGCCCGCGAAAUCUUCCACCAGUGACGUCGACCGGCGGCAGUCGCCACUGCCGACGCAUCUCGCGAACCACCAACAGCAGACGUCGACGCCGGUUCCGCUUCAAUCGCCCCCGACCGUUCCGAACGCACUCGGAUCGCCGGAGCAGAACGAGAAUCGGAACAGCACCAACACGCUGCCGGGCUACGGGCAUCACCACCAUGACCAGACCUCGAUGGACUCGUCCUCGGACGAGCUGCAGCAGACGGCCGAGUCCUCGUCGGACUCGGAGGGCAAGAACGGCUCGAAGACGGUCGCGUACACCUACGAGGCGUUCUUCGUGAGCGAUGGGCGCUCGAAGAAGAAGAUGGCCGACCCGAAGGCGGCCCUCGAGAACAAGGCGAAGUACACGUGCACGGAGUGUGGCAAGCAGUACGCCACCUCGAGCAACCUCUCGCGGCACAAGCAGACGCACCGAAGUCUCGACUCGCAGUCGGCCAAGAAGUGUCACACCUGCGGCAAGGCGUACGUCUCUAUGCCGGCGUUGGCGAUGCAUGUCCUCACGCACAAACUCUCGCACAGCUGUGGCGUUUGUGGGAAGCUGUUCUCGCGCCCGUGGCUCUUGCAGGGCCAUCUCCGGUCGCACACGGGAGAGAAGCCGUACGGAUGUGCGCACUGUGGUAAGGCGUUCGCCGAUCGCUCGAACCUGAGGGCGCAUAUGCAGACGCACUCGAUCGACAAGAACUACCAGUGCGGCCGGUGCCACAAAACGUUCGCCCUUAAAUCGUACCUUAAUAAGCACCUGGAGUCGGCCUGCUUCAAGGAGGAUGGUGCACCGAACUCACCGCAAAUGUCACCCAUGUCACCCGGCUCGCAUGACAGUUCCUCGAUGGACGGGUUCCGAUCACCUCCGCUCGGUCGGCCAUCGAUUUCGCUCAAGCGGGAGCGCAACGUAGACAUCGAGGGUGACGAGUCGGACGAUGCCCUGCACUGCCCGUCGCCCCUCUCGCCCACGCCGCACCUCACCAACACCAGCACUGGCGGGACGAACGGGACAAGCAAUAUUUUUGUGAUGAAAAACCUAACCACCAACCGGUUGGCGCUAACGACAAGCAAUACGAACGGAACCACUCCCUCCUCCCACGCUGGUCCGUUGGUGAGUGGUACGACGACGACGGCGGCAGCAGCGGCGGCAGCGGCGGCGGCAGCGGCAGCAGCAGCCGUCCUUGGUCCGGCAGCCAUACUGACGGCGUCGGGUCACCUUCACGCCGGCCACCAUCAACACCAUCAACCGCAUCAUCCAGUGGCGCAGCAUCACUCCCACCAUUCGGCGUCGGCGGCGGCAGCAGCGGCGGCAGCGGCGGCUGCGGCGGCCGUCCAGAUAAACGUCAACUUUGCCGGGUAA